AUGCUGUUCUUCUCCUUUUUCAAGACUCUGGUGGACCAGGAGGUCACUGUGGAGCUAAAGAAUGACAUAGAGCUGAAAGGAACCCUGAAGUCGGUAGAUCAGUUCCUCAACCUCAAGCUUGACAAUAUAUCGUGCUCGAACGAGAGCAAGUACCCCCACCUGUCGUCGGUAAGAAACAUUUUCAUCAGAGGGUCGACAGUAAGGUACGUGUAUCUCAACAAGAACAUGGUCGACACCAACCUGCUGCAGGACGCCGCUAGAAGGGAGGCGAUGAGCGCCAGAAAGUAA